AUGGCUAGCAAAGAAAACAGUAUGGACACCGGCGACGAUGUAGAUGCUCAACAAAAAGAAAUCAGAGCGAUGAAGCGAAAAUUCGAUGAAAUGUCGGAAAAGCUCCAGUCGGUGGAAGAAUCAUUUUCAAAAAUUUCGAAAAACGAAACUUCUGCAAUUUCAAAACAAGCACCAAUUGAAAAGUCGAUAAAUUCGAAUGUAACUUCGAAUCAGGAAAAAAUGGCGGCAGAAUCCGGAAAGCGUUUUGUAGUGAAGGAGGUGUUCACAGAUAUUGCAGAAUUUGAAGAGAAGCAAACGAAUUGCAGUGAAGAUGAAGAGCAUUUCAAUAUGAAAUGGUGUAUAAAAUUGGAUCGCGAUGGCAACAAUCUCGGACUCUUCAUUUAUUGUACACCCAUCGAUUAUGACAAAAACUGGUCAAUCCAAACAGAAAUACUGUUCAAAUUCGUCGGUAGUAACGGAAAGGUUCUCGUCAAAACUAAGGAGUAUUGUUUCGAUGAAAAGGGAGAAACUGGAUUCUCUGAUUUUAUGAAUUGGGAGGAUAUGGAAAAAGAAUAUCUGGUGGACGGGAAUUUGACGGCUGAAAUUCAUGUACAAAUCAUUGAAAGCACUGGAUUAGGAAAAGAAAAAAUAAGAACGUUUGAUGAAUCAAAUAAAGACUGUUCCGAUGUUGUUCUCGCAGUCAGAGAUACCAAAUUUUACGUCCUGAAAAAAUUUCUUGCCGUUCAAUCGUCCUUCUUCAAAUCACUUCUGCUCGGAAACUUCUCGGAAUCUUUGGAAUCGGAAGUCAGGCUGACCGGAAUCGAUCCGCAUGAUUUCCACUAUUUCCUUGAGGUUCUAUACGGAGAAUCUGCUAUCGAUGAUAGUACUGUAGAAGGAGUGUUCCUUCUGGCUGAUAUGUACGACGCUCCAACUAAGUUCGCUAUUCAGUCAUCCGAGUCUCAGAAAAAGUUUGAGAAAAAAUUCGUGCUAAAACAUGUCUUCAAGAAUGUGGCCACUCUUGGAGACGAAGAUGAGGCUGAGAGUGAAAAAGAAGAACAUUUUGGAAGAUUUUGGCACAUGAGUUUGGGACGAGGCGGCGAUUAUCUCGGUUUCUUCAUCGAUUUCUCUAAUCCUAUUUCUACGGAACAGAAGUGGUCGAUUGAAACAGAAAUAGAGUUCAGAGUUGUUGAUCAGAAGCAAGAUGAUGAUUUUGUCAGAACAGUUGAUCAAUGCUUAGAAGCCUGUCCUGGAUAUGGGGGACUAAGAAGAUUCAUGAGAUGGGAAACAAUGGAAAAGAAAUAUUUGAUGGAUGGAAAUUUGUCCGUAGAAGUCCAUGUGACGAUUAAAAAAUCGACCGGAUUGGGAAAAGAGAAAAUCAGAAAGUUCGAUGUAUCUCAAAGAGAUGUGUCUGAUGUUGUUCUCACUGUCAGAGAUACCAAAUUUUAUGCUAAUAAAAUGUACCUCGCCGCUCAGUCUCCAUUUUUCAAAGAUCUCCUUUGUGGAACCUUCUCUUCAGAGUCGGAUAAAUCACAAAUCACUCUCACUGGAAUCGAUCCGCAUGAUUUCCACUAUUUCCUUGAGGUUCUAUACGGAGAAUCUGCUAUCGAUGAUAAUAAUGUAGAAGGAGUCCUUCUGCUGGCGGUUAAGUACGAUGCUUCUACAGCAAUCAGACGAUGUGAGGAGUUUCUUCUGGAAAAAUCGAAAAAGACGCUGAAAAAGAAACUCAUGAUGGCUGUUCGAUAUGAACUGGAGAACCUGAAGAAAAUAUGCAUGGACCAAAUUGUGAAAAAAGAACAAAUAAAAUCUGUAAUUCCGUCGAACAUCGAAGAUCUGGAUCUUGAAGUGAUGCGCAAGCUUCUUGAAAAGUCUCUUUCUUUCCGUUAA